AUGGAGGCCGUGCUCGACACCCUCAACCAACUGAAGCUCCUUGCUCGCGUGCCAAGCCUCAAGCCCAAAGAAGACACCUUCGUGAGCAAUGAGGGGGACUCGUAUCUGCUGGUGGCGCUGGUGGGCACCGUGCCGAUCAGGUUCCGCACGAACCAGUACAACAUUCCCGUGGAGGUGUUUGUCGUGCGCGACUAUCCCGAGAAGCCGCCGCUCUGCUUCGUGCGGCCCACGCGCGGUACUGCCUACGGCUCACAGCACCCGCCCGCCUACGGCCCGCCGCCGGGGCAGCCGGCCCAUAUGGGCGGCGGAUACCCGGGCCACCCCCACCCGCACCACCAGCCGCACCAGCCGCCACCGUUCGCCUCGGGCCAGCCGGAGGGCGGCCGCAAGCGGGAGCUGGAGGAGCGGAUGGCGCGCAAGGCCAACGACGUGUGGCAAGCCGUGUCGGCCGACGUGAACCAGUUCCACCUCGUCCAGCAGCGACUCCGCGACGGCUCCUCGUGGCUGCAGCACUCGCUCACCACGCUCGCCCACGACAAGAGGGAGCUGGAUGAGUACUUGCGGGCGGCCGAGGAGAAGGAGCACGAGACCCGGCAGUGGAUCUCCGAGAGCGAAACGGUGCAGCUGGGCGUGGACGACCUCGUCGUGCCGGCCGACGCCCUCUCCGCGCAAAUGAUGGAGCUGGUGGCGGAGGACGCGGGGAUUGAGGACACGCUGUACUACAUGGACAAGGCCCUCCACUCGAACACCAUCGACCUGCAGACCCAUCUCAAGGCACACAUUCCCCCCCCCCUUGAGUUAGAGCAGUUCCAGAAGAGAGCCCUCGCCAUGCGAGUGCACGAACUGCAAAAGCAGCGCAUGUGA